AUGUCCUGUGCCCCUAUGUCCUGUGUCUCUAUGUCCUGUGUCUCUAUGUCCUGUGUCCCUGUGUCCUGUGUCCAUGGGUCCUGUGUCCCUAUAUACUGUGUCCCUAUGUCCCGUGUCCCUGUAUACUGUGUCCCUAUGUCCUGUGUUCCUAUUUCCUGUGUCUCUAUGUCCUGUGUCCCUAUGUCCUGUGUCCCUAUGUCCUGUGCCCCUAUGACCUGUGUCCCUAUGUCCUCUGUCUCUCUGUCCUCUGUCCCUAUGUCUUGUGUCCCUAUGUCCUGUGUCCUCUGUCCCUGUGUGCUGUGCCCCAUGUCCUGUGACCCUAUGUCCUGUGUCUCUAUGUCCUGUGUCUUGUGCCCCUAUGUCCCAUGUCCCUAUGUCCUGUAUCCCUAUGUCCUGUGCCCCUAUGUCCUGUGUCUCUAUGUCCUGUGUCCCUGUGUCCUGUGUCCAUGGGUCCUGUGUCCCUAUAACUGUGUCCCUAUGUCCCGUGUCCCUAUAUACUGUGUCCCUAUGUCCUGUGUCUCUAUGUCCUGUGUCCCUAUGUCCUGUGCCCCUAUGACCUGUGUCCCUAUGUCCUCUGUCUCUCUGUCCUCUGUCCCUAUGUCUUGUGUCCCUAUGUCCUGUGUCCCUGUGUCCUCUGUCCCUGUGUGCUGUGCCCCAUGUCCUGUGCCUCUAUGUCCUGUGUCUUGUGCCCCUAUGUCCUGUAUCCCUAUGUCCUGUGCUCCUAUGUCCUGUGCCCCUAUGUCCUGUGCCCCUAUGUCCUGUGUCCCUAUGUCCUGUGUCCCUGUGUCCUGUGUCCAUGUGUCCUGUGCCCCUAUGUCCUCUGUCUCUCUGUCCUCUGUCCCUAUGUCUUGUGUCCCUAUGUCCUGUGUCCUGUGUCCCUGUGUCCUCUGUCCCUGUGUGCUGUGCCCCAUGUCCUGUGCCCCUAUGUCCUGUGUCUCUAUGUCCUGUGUCUUGUGCCCCUAUGUCCUGUACCCCUAUGUCCUGUGCCCCUAUGUCCUGUGCCCCUAUGUCCUGUGUCUCUAUGUCCUGUGUCUCUAUGUCCUGUGUCCAUGGGUCCUGUGUCCCUAUAUACUCUGUCCCUAUGUCCCGUGUCCCUGUAUACUGUGUCCCUAUGUCCUGUGUCCCUAUUUCCUGUGUCUCUAUGUCCUGUGUCCCUAUGUCCUGUAUCCCUAUGUCUUGUGCCCCUAUGCCCUCUGUCCCUAUGUCAUGUGCCCCUAUGACCUGUUUCCCUAUGUCCUGUGUCCCUAUGUCCUGUGCCCCUAUGUCCUGUGUGACCCUAGGGAAAUCAAUGAAAAUAUUUCUGGGCCUCGUUUUCAUCAUCUACAAAAUGGCCUCUCACAUCCCUUCUGCCUUAAAAUCUGUGCAUCCUAUGUUCCUUCAAGAGAGUCUAAGAAGCUUCCAGGAUUGAAUAAGAAGCUUGAGUUCUUUUAA